AUGAAGUCGUUUAUCGAGUAUCCCAACGAUCAUCCCUUCUCGAUCCACAACCUGCCCUAUGGAAGUUUUUAUACGAAUCAAGAUGCAUCUUCACGACGAUGCGGUGUUGCAAUCGGUGACUGUAUCCUCGAUCUGCAAGCGCUUUCUUACACUACCUUCUACCCAGGUGUGUUGCCGCGGGACACGUUCGCUGGACCGACGCUGAACGCCUUUAUGAGCCUGGACAAAGACAUUUGGCUUGUCUUCCGAGUCCAACUCCAGGAGCUCCUAUCAGAAGGCUCGCCAAUCAAUCUCGAGACCACCAUCACAGUCUCCAACGCAGCUCCGAAUGUCAACGCAGAGUCGCACAUCGGACGUCGGCUCUUCGUAGACCGUCUGAGCGAGGGCACAGCCAUGUGUCUACCCUGCGACAUUGGCGAUUACAGCGAUUUCUACUCCAGCCUUGAACACGCCUAUAACUGUGGAGUCCUCAUUCGUGGUAAAGAGAAAGCGAUGCAGCCAAAUUGGAGGCAUUUGCCCGUAGCUUACCACGGUAGAGCAUCUUCCAUCGUCCCGUCUGGCACUCCGAUACAUCGACCGGUAGGGCAGAGGCUGAAGAAUAAAGACGAUACCCAGCCAGUGAUUGAGCCUUGCGCGAGGCUCGAUUUUGAGCUCGAAGUGGGAUUUUUCUAUGGAGGUCAAGCAACAAAGCUUGGAGAGAGGCUUUCGCCAGCUCAAGCAACAGAUCGGGUGUUUGGCGCUGUUCUGCUGAAUGACUGGUCUGCUAGAGAUAUCCAGACUUGGGAGUAUGUGCCGCUUGGUCCCUUCCUUAGCAAGAACUUCGCAACAACCAUCUCACCCUGGAUUGUGCCCAUCCACGCACUCGAAGCAUUCACAUGUCCAGGCUACGACCACAACCCAUCCCUUCUACCCUACCUCGAAGAUGCCAACAAUACCAACUUUGACAUUCCGCUCACUGUUUCGAUUAAGCCAGCCGGAUCUGCAAGCGACCCAAAGGAGGGCUUCACCACCAUUUCGCACUCCUCCCUCCGCCACACCUACUACACAAUCCGACAAAUGAUCGCACAUCACUCCACCACCGGUUGUCCACUCAAAGCCGGCGACUUGCUCGGAACAGGCACGCUCUCCGCACCUGGCACUGAAGGCUAUGGAUCUCUGCUGGAAAAGUGCGAGAUGGGGAAAAGACCUUUCAAGGUGAGGUUAAGUAGAGGGGAAGAAGUUGAAAGGACUUUCAUCCAGGAUGGUGAUAGGGUCAAGUUCGAGGGGACUGUCAAAUCGAGUGAUGAAGAAUGGUCGAUUGGGUUUGGUGAAUGUGUGGGGACGAUUCUUGCUGCUAUACCUCUAUGA